CGGAAUUGAAUAAUACAGCCUGCGUCUCUGCUCCGGGGAGCAAGGUCCGGCCGCCAGGCGUUUGCGCGGUGGGAGGUAUGAACUGGGCCCAGUUUUAGAACUAAUACAAAAUCAGCAACUUCCCAACUAGAGUCCGGAACGAUCGAACUGCACAAAGACUGCUCCGGUAGGCCUCCGCGCCUAUGUGGGUUGGACCUCGGAGAACGGCGAGUACACGCGGUGCUGAGGGAAUUGCCUCAUCGAUGGAUCAACACAAAGGGAUUUUUUGUUCUAGUACCGCCUCGAGAGGAGCAGCCAGCUGUGAAAGACAGCGUUGCUGACUUUGCUGCUUACCAAGAUUAUUAGGAGGAGAGGGGAAAGGACUGACAGACAUGUCUUCAGAAACAGCCGAAAGUAAAGUUCAGGCGUCUUCACAGCAACAAAACAAACAGUCUGGUCUCCACUGUCCUAUCUCAGAUCCUCACAUCAAUAGAAAAGAAGUAGAAAGGAUCAGUCGAGAAUGUAGAAACGAAAGUUUCUGGUACAGAGGUCUUCCCUUGUCUCUGGGAAGCAUGCUGAUCACUCAAGGGCUAAUUUACAAUGGCUUUCUCUCAUCAAACCCAAGAUUUGGAUCAUUACCAAAAAUGGCCGUUGCUGGUGCCUUUGGUCUUGCCAUUGGGACGAUGUCAUACAUACGAGUAUGCCAGAGAAAGUUCCAAAGUAAAGGAGUUUGGCCAUUUGGUCCAGAACAUAAAAGACACUGUCAUCAUACCUGCAAGGAAUGCGAAGCAAAUUUUGGAUCUAAUGGACGGGAAAACUCAAAGCCUUCAGCUUCAUAAUCCCAGAUCACGUCUCUUCUUUUUAAGAAGUUACUUCAUAUCUUGGUAUCUGAAUUGUGGAACUGACAAAGAUGACAAAAUACUGCAGAAAAAGUCUCUUCCUUCAAUAGCUUAUUCUGGACAGAAGAAAUUAAGCCUGAAGUCAGGUGUAAACCAAUACACUGUGAGGAUUGGGCUAAUUUUAAAAAAGUUUGCCUAUAUAAUAAAUGCUAAAUUCUAGU